CCCACAGAAUGCCCUGCAUUUGCCUUGUUGCACUGAUCGGCCUGCCAGGAGCGGGCAAAACUUCGCUGUGUUCUUGGCUGCUGGAUCAGCUAUCUGUCCUCCACGUUGGCCAUGUUAUACACCUUUGCUACGACGACUUUUUCGAUGUUAAAUUCUCGGCAGAGCCUACCUACAAGGAGCAGCGUGAAAACAUACUUAAUUUAAUUGAAGAGCUAAUUUCCGUCAUUCAAGCAAAAACGAACUGGCCUCCGCAAGUUAAACGCAUUGCCUCCAGCAACGAUUGCAGCAGCAACAGUGAAAACUACCUCAUCAUGUGCGACGACAACUUUUACUACCGCAGCAUGCGCCACAAAGUGUAUCAGCUUUGUCGUAAAUAUAGCUGUACCUUUGGCCAAAUACACCUGACUACACCACUGAACAUCUGCCUGCAGGCAAACGAAACAAGAAGCGAUUUAAGUCAAGUGCCAGCAAACAUAAUAAGGCAGAUGAAGGUAAAGAUGGAGGUACCGGGGUCGGAAUACUGGGAGCGCAAUAGCUUCACAAUCCAUAAUUUAGAUGCCUCAAGACCUGAACUCCUUGCUUUCCUUAAUUCCCUGCUUUUGAAACCCGCGGAGGAGGCUUUAUUACUAGAAUCAGCGAACAAAAAACCACAUGAUCAGUCCCUGACCCACAAAUUGGAUUUGUUGUUGCGGUUGCGCAUCAAAAAACAGCUUGAAGCAUUGCCGCAGGAGCAAAACAAACAAUCGGCGGGGAGGACACUUAACAACAAGAGAAAGGAUAUUUUGACACUGUACCGGGAAAAGAGAGAUGACGAGGGCGCGAACUUGAAUUACUAUGUAAAUUUGUUAAACUAGGCUAAGAUAAACUAAAUUUGUUUUGCAUUGCGACGUAAAUACAUGUAAAGUUAAUAA